CUGCAUCUUUUGGGGCGAAAUUCUGGAUGUUCUGGGCGUCAUUGCCCUAAAAAACAACUCAGUGCCCUUUAGGAAACAUACUAGAAAAUGUUCCUGACUCGAAGAAAGAGACUUCAGCUCAGCCGGAUUAUAUUUCUUCUGUCUGGGGUUUUCCUUUGCUCUUUAUAUCAACUCACUAUCAGAGCCAGACUUCCAGACCCCUGGCCCGAGCCCCAGAGAGCAGGAGACCCUGAGGAUGGCUCUGGACUUGCUCUGGAUGCAGGACUGUUGGAGAUGCCAGAGGUUAUGACUAAUUUGACCAAUGUUGAGCCAAAGAACACCAACCACACAGAUGUGGCCCAGCCGUCAGAGACAGCAACAAAUAGACCCAUCCAAACAACAUCUACAACAGAGAAGCCUACAACAACCACAAACAGGACAAUUGUCCACUGCAUUUAUGUGGAUCCAAACCUUCCAAAACCCACCCCAGUUCCUACUCCAGAAACUGAUACGACCACUCUGGUGCCCAACACUACAGCAUCCAGCCCUGGAGAAGCACCACACAUAAAGGGCGAGUACCCGGUGGACAUCUUCUCCGUUGAGGAGCGACGCAGAGGCUGGGUCUCGCUCCACAUCUUUGGAAUGAUAUACAUGUUUGUUUCUUUGGCCAUUGUCUGCGAUGAGUUUUUCGUCCCUACGUUGGGGGUUAUCACAGACAAACUGGCGAUCUCAGAUGAUGUGGCCGGGGCGACCUUUAUGGCCGCUGGAGGCUCUGCUCCCGAACUUUUCACUUCCUUGAUCGGUGUCUUCAUUUCUCAUAGCAAUGUGGGCAUUGGAACCAUUGUUGGCUCGGCUGUCUUUAACAUCCUAUUUGUGAUCGGAAUGUGUGCGCUGUUUUCCCGGGAGAUGCUUUACCUUACCUGGUGGCCUCUCUUUCGGGACGUGUCGUUCUACAUCAUCGAUCUCAUCAUGCUCAUCAUCUUCUUCUUGGACAACACCAUUAUGUGGUGGGAGAGUAUGAUGCUGGUGAGCGGUUAUGCUCUCUAUGUUACUUUCAUGAAGUACAAUGUUCAGAUAGAGCGCGCCUUUAAAUAUCAGCUCAUGAAACACAAGAACAUUGUGAAAGUCAUCGCUGUGGAAGAACCUGAGAAGGACAACGGGACUUCGGGUGAAGAGAACAGGCCGCCUAAACCAGAAGACACGGAUCGAUUAAAGCUGAAGCCCACUUUGCAGCGCGGGGGCAGUUCUGCCUCUCUGCACAACAGCACCAUGAGGAACACCAUCUUCCAACUGAUGAUUCACACACUGGAUCCUCUUGGAGAGGAGUCAGUGUUUAAUGGAGAUGCAAAGGCUAGAAGCUCUUUGGGAUGUAAAGUGAAAUUUAAAGACAAGGCUCAGAUUUUGAACGACAUGGCCCGGGGGAAGGUAGAGAACAAAAAGAAGGAAAAAUCUGGUGAAGGUGAAGGUCAAAUGGAGCAGCCCAAGGAAGACGCGGCUCCAGGAGCCAAGGAAGAAGACGCCAGUCAAAAGCCUGAGGCACAAAAGGAAGGAAACGCUGCAGCAGAAGGAGGCUCAGAGAAGCCAGGAGGUUCAGAUGAUUCAGAGGAUGAUGAGGAAGAUGACAGUGAUGAAGAGAGCGAUGAAGACAGUGAUGAUGAUGAUGAUGAAAAUGAAGAUGAGGCUGAGGAAGAAGGAGAAGAACCUCUGUCCUUAGAGUGGCCAGACACCAGACGCAAACAGGCCACAUAUUUGUUUCUGUUGCCCAUUGUCUUUCCACUGUGGCUGACAGUCCCAGAUGUCAGAAACCCCGCAUCCAAGAGGUUCUUUGUCAUUACCUUCCUUGGCUCAAUAGUAUGGAUUGCUAUAUUUUCCUAUCUUAUGGUGUGGUGGGCACAUCAGGUGGGUGAGACAAUUGGCAUAUCUGAGGAGAUCAUGGGUCUUACCAUUCUGGCCGCAGGAACAUCAAUUCCUGAUCUAAUCACCAGUGUGAUUGUGGCUCGAAAAGGCUUGGGAGACAUGGCUGUCUCCAGCUCUGUAGGCAGCAACAUAUUUGACAUCACCAUGGGGCUGCCGGUGCCCUGGCUGAUGUUCUCGUUCUACCAUUCAUUUGCCCCAGUGACUGUGAGUAGUAAUGGGCUAUUCUGUGCCAUUGUGCUGCUCUUCCUCAUGCUCCUCUUCGUCAUUAUCUCCAUCGCUGCCUGUAAGUGGAGGAUGAAUAAAGUGUUGGGAUUCACCAUGUUCAUCCUGUACUUUGUAUUCCUGGUGCUCAGUGUCAUGCUAGAGGAUCGAAUCAUUGUAUGUCCCGUGUCCAUCUGAGCACACCUGUGGUUUUCAUACACCUUAAUGUUCACUCACGUCCAUGAGGAUACAAUCCUGUCAUUCGAAACGUUCUGAACUAUAACUUUGCAUAUAGUAUAUCACAUUUAAAGCAUACCUGGACACGCUGUGUUGACUUAUUCUGUAUUACGCAAGAUCUUUUGUAAAGGGAUGCAACAAAAACUGGUAACACUUUUCUUUUUAGCUUGUGUUAAAAUGAAUGCAGUAAUGUCAGAAAAGUCACAGGUCCUGUCCCAAAUGGUCACCAUUUGUGGCAUCCACACUUUAGUGACGUAAUGCCAUAUGGAUUGGUGGCUGCAGACUGCAUGUGGGCCCACCAGUCUGGGCUUUGCAAAAGGGCACAUUAAGGCCACAUACAGAGGCACACUUGAGCACCCCUUUGAACUGUAAAAUGACAAAUAAGACACCCUACUGCCCUGUGGACUUGAUAAACACACUAUGAUGAUUAUGAUUGCAUAAUCAAAGGCCACAGAAGUGUUCCAAUCGAGACAGGGCCACAAAGUAGCCAAAA